AUGACCGAGGAAAGCUCCAUCGAUGAUGAUCUAUGGACUACCAGUCUCAUCAACUCCACGACCCUAUUAACUUCUCCUUAUGAAAUACCAACUUCCGAAUUGUUUCAUCAAGAUUCCUCCUCGGCAGAGAUUUUACGUUAUGUUCAACUCGCGUCUAUUAUCCUAGUCAUCGUAUUUGGCUUCAUCAGCAACACUCUAGUGGUUCUCUUGUUCUAUAAACGACCAAUGUUAAGGAGCUUCUCUAACCGAUUUGUGUUAAAUCUCUCAUUAUCUCACCUGUUCCAAUGCAUUCUGGUGCUUCCCACUACUGCUGUGUCCAUAGUAACAGAAAAAUGGCUCCUGGGUGAGAUCGUCUGCAUCGGCAGCGGUUUCAUCUUCACUAGCUUGAACAUAACGUCUGUGCUCUCCCUCCUCCUGAUUGCGCUGGAUCGCAACUGUGCAGUUAACAGUCCACUCCAUUAUUCGAUGACCAUCACCAAGAAACGCACAGGAAUUUUGAUUUUUGGAACGUGGCUUUUAGGUGUGUUGAUCGCUUUACCUUCGCUUUUCACCACCACGAAGAUUCUCUACAGGGACACCUGGCACAUGUGUACCCUCAAGUGGAACAGUAACGACAUCGAUAGUAUAAUCUAUGGAAGUGUACUCAUCGUGGUAGGAUUCAUGCUACCUUUCCUCACCACGAUUUGCGUCUACUCCUCCAUGUUCCAAGCGGCAAGAGAUAAUUCCGAAAGAGCUCGAAAGCAUAGCGUCGAGUCGGCCAUACCGGAAGUAAGGAGUGGAACUAGUGCACCAAAAAAGAAGUUCAGGCGAACAAGUUCUAGUUCAAACCAGUUGUUCGGAGAGGAGUGGAAAGCAGUGAGGACUGGAGUUUUGGUCGUGAUGACAUUUACUCUGUGCUGGCUGCCAUAUUUUUCUGUUGUGAGCAUAGAAGCUUAUUUCGACGCAGAUAACAAUUUGCCUGAUGUUGUUAUGUUUUUCGUCGUUCUAUGUGCUUCGAUAGCUUGUGUGAUAAAUCCUUAUUUGUACGUAUUCCGGAAUAAGACAUCAAGGAAGAAUGUCAAGCAAUUGAUCUGCCCUUCUAAUUUAAUGCAGAACAAAAAAUGGAUGUUUCAUAGAGAGAAUAAAGACAAAACUGGAACAAACACUGUCAUGCCUUGUGCGCUUGCGGCUAGUCUUGUAAACGAGAGUUCUGAGAAGGUGAAGGCAUUGCCGGCUGCAUACCAGGACGUGGGCAGUCAAUGGCAGAGUAGGGAAGAAAUAGAGGAAACAGUAUCCAAUACAUCAGACGACGACUUCUUUAAUUGCGAUGUAUCUGUCCCUACCGGAAAGCGGAAACCGAACCAAAGCAUCAACGUACAAGCCAUUUACAAUAAUUCCUAUUCUCGUAACAUGAGAACCCUUCCGAGUUCCAGCGGGACUAAUAAAUUGCUGUUGUAUAGAUUGAAAUCUAGUCUUACUAGAGAUUCAACGAGCAGUGACACGACCGAAAACUACAGUAUUUCUCUGGAAAGUAACAACAGCACCAACAGCAACGAGCAUUCCACUGAGGCUGACGCUUCCUUGCCUUCCAGGCGGGGUAUCGGAAAGUAUCUUUUUAACACUUCCGAAGAACUCUGGGAGUCCAGGCCAUCCCACCACAAAAGAUCUAGUUCAGUGACUGGGGAGUCUACGACGGAACCUCGUAAACACCUUUCGUCACUAGGUAGUGCUAGGAGGAAAUCUUUCAUUUACAGCCACAUGAGGAACAAGAAGUCCAGCGAGACGACGUUGACAUCCUCGACACCGUCGUCAGACGCCUCUUCAAGCUCUAAAUCAUCAAAGAGCAACAGACCUAAGUUAGUCCGACAGUUGGACACGACAGUUCCACCAGAGGAUGACGAACAUUUGUGAUGUUCGUGGCUAAGUAGACACAAGCAAUAUUGAAUAAGUUCCAGCGCACCCUUUCAGUGUGUGUUUAAUUGUCCCGUCAAAAGUGUAAUUGUUGAACAGAUUACUGAAAAAGUCAAAAGCAAUGAAAGUACAGUCCAAACUCCGUAAAUUUUAUUCGCUUCAUCUGCUACUACAUUGUAAACAUAAUGGCGUGAAAAAUCAUUUAUACUAUUAGCAGCAAAGUUGCCGCUGAUUUUAUGUUUUUUGACGGAAAGUCGGACGCUGCUGUGCUAAACACAAAAGUUGUAUCUGCACUUUUUACCAAAAUUAAGUUAGUGUCACCGGGGGUUUUUUACAACAUAUUUUACCUACUUAAACCGCUUGAUGGUCAAUUGUAGAUGGAAAAUAUUCCAAAAAGAAAAAAUGAAAAAAGUGGUAUCUGAAUCAAGUAUAUGGAUGCGAAUAACUUUGAAAAGCGAUUUCUCAUUUUGAACUCAGCUGCAGAUCCGAAUUUAGUGCGUUUAGCACGACAGCACGGUUAAUACAGUUUCAUUCUCAUCGUAUGAGAUAUUUUUUUUUUAGCUAAAGAAAAAUUUUAAAACAAAAAAGAUAUUAUUUCAGAAGAUGUACAUUUUUUUACAUUAAGAAAGAGAAGGUUUUCUUUAAAAUGUGUAAACUGUCCAAAAUCUUUGCUGAAAGUAGUGUUUUGGUUGUUUCACGCAAUUGUAAGUGUAUCGUUGAGUUUCAAAUGAUCUAUUACUUUUUUGUUGCAAAAAUAAAAAGA